CUGAGGUCUCGGGGUGGGGACUGGGAGAGGGGCCUGAAGGUGGGGUCUGUCCUGAACCGCCCGGCACCGGCGCGCAGCGAGGGAAACCUGACUGAGGGACAGAGCAGGAAGGAAGCAGAUGGGUGUGGAACCAGGAAGCAGCGAAGACUUUGCGACCAAUGUCAGUACUGAACUCUGGCUGGCCCCGUGGAGGGGAGAGCCACACCCCUGGGGAGCCACGUCCACCAGCCAAUUCAGACAGCAAUCCAGGACCCCCGCCAGAGGAAGACCCUGAGGACACCGCUGCUCAGGUGGUAGGAGUCCUGCCCUUCCCUCUGAGACCAACAUGCUGUCCAUCCUUUGGACCUCCUCCCAUUUCAACCAUCCUGGAGGAUCCUGAAGUUCUGGACGUUGACACCAGCCAAGCCUCCAAAUGGCCUGGGCUUCAGAGCCUCCUGCAGCAGCUUCCUCCACAGGACAGGGAUGAGCACUACUGCCUGGCCCUUGGGCAGGAGGAGGUGGCUGACUUGCCACUCUUCUGUGUCCGGCAGAGGCAGGAGGCCCUGGGACAUGAGGGGACUUGCUUGGUACCUCCCAAGCUCAAAGAAUGUGCCUGUGAGAAGUGCAGGGAGCUGCUGAGGCCAGGGGAGUACGGAGUGUUUGCAGCGCAUGCAGGAGAGCGGUGCUGCUGGCACCAGGCCUUCUGCCAGGCCUGUGGCCAGGCCCUGAUAAACUUCAUCUAUUUCUACCGUGAUGGGCAUCUCUACUGCAGCCGUCAUCACGCACAGCUGCUGUGACCUCGUUGCCCAGCUUGUGACCAGCUGAUCUUCUCCCCAAGGCGCACCGAGGCGGAGGGGCUGCGCUGGCACGACUGCUGCCCCAGCUGCUUUAAGAGUCGCUAUUCUGAUGUCAGCUCGAGCCCGCCCCGACACUGGAGGACCCGAGCCUCGGAGCCCGCAGCUCUCACCGCGCGUCCCUGGCCGGAGCGUUCCAAGGGCUUCCCGAACCCACCCCGGGCCCUGGUUGGGGGCUGCAGCUCGGGACUUGCUUCUGGACUGGGGACGCGGCCGCCCUCUGGGGAGGAGAGGCUCGACAGAAGUGAGGGAGGGAACUGCGCCAAGCUGAACACCGAGACUUUCUCCCAAGCAGCCCUUCUCGCCGGUGCGGCCAGCUCGGGUCUGCAAACCCAGGGGGCGCUGCGUGGAUUGAGGCCACAACAGCAGGUUAAAGCUGGGGGCAAGGCGGCGGCGCCCAGAAAAUGGGAACAGGACUGUCUGGAGACGCCGCUUGAUCUCAAGGAGGACGCCUCCUGCUCCACGUGUUCCUUUUCCUCUGACUCGGAACCCGAAGGCUUUUUCUUAGGCCAGCGCUUUCCUGGGCCCUGGCCGACCCCCGGAAGCCUCCAAGCUGGGGACAGCGACACCUCCAGGAAGCACUGUACCAUUUGCUAGUGGCGCAGUCCAGAGAUGGGGACGGUGUGUGGGGGGUGAUCCGUAAGGCGGUAGAGCGAGGCACUGCUUACCCCAUAAAAAUCCUACACUGAACGCAGUCAGGGACACCACUGGGAGAGGCGUCGAGAUGAGUGCUUUCUCUUAAGCUGGCACAUUCUAUGGCUUUUUACCGGUACUUUCUUGGUGAACCCCAUUCCCCAAAACUACGCACCCCCUGAUAAACAGGCUCCUCCCCCAACUUCACAGCCCCAUCCCCAGCAUCCUCCUUCUGAGCCAAUGAUGAGGUCACUCGGAGCCCACGUGUGACGGUGACCAGCUUGGCUAGCCGAAGGCUUGGAGGGAGCUGGAGGUGGAACCCCACCAGGUGCCUUAAGAGAGGGGCGGCCGCCCCCGCCCAGGCAGAGUUCGGGGCGCGAAUUCUCCCUC